CAUGGGACCGUGCUGGCCACUGGCGCUGGUGCUCUCGGUGUCCGCGCUUUUCCCCGCUGCCGCCCGGAGCCGCGCCGGGACAGAAUCCAUCGCCCGGGGCCCGCUGGACCUCACGGAACUCAUCGGCAUCCCGCUGCCCUCCUCCGUGUCCUUCGUCCCGGGCUACGGUGGCCUUCCCGCCUACAGCUUUGGCCCGGGGGCCAACGUGGGCCGCCCGGCCCGGACGCUCAUCCCUGCCACCUUCUUCCGCGACUUUGCCAUCAGCGCGGCCGUGAGGCCCGACGGCGCCCAGGGCGGCGUGCUCUUCGCCAUCACCGACGCCCUGCAGAAGGUCAUCCACCUGGGCCUGCGGCUGUCGGGCGAGGAGGACGGCGGCCAGCGCGUCCUGCUCUACUACACCGAGCCCGGCUCCCGCGUGUCCCAGGAGGCCGCCGCCUUCCGGGUGCCGGUGCUCACGCGGCGCUGGAGCCGCUUGGCCGUGGUGGUCCAGGGGGACCGCGUGCGCCUCCUGCUGGACUGCGAGGAGCGGGGCGCCGUCACCUUCCGGCGCUCCGCCCGCGCCCUGACCGUCGAGCCCAGCGCGGGCGUCUUCGUGGGCAACGCGGGAGCCACGGGGCUGGAGAGGUUCAUCGGCUCCAUCCAGCAACUGAUCGUGCACCCUGACCCCAGGACGCCUGAGGAGCACUGCGAGGCUGAGAGCUCCUCGGGGUCGGGCGAGGCCAGCGGGUUCCAGGAGACAGAGGGCGUAGCUGAGAUCUUGGAGGCGGAGAUGUUCACGCAAGCCCCGUCGGGAGAACUCAAAGUUGACCCCAUGGACGUCCCUCCAACUCCACCGCCUGCCUCCGACGAUGCCGAGUUCUCUGGAGAACCGAUGCCUGAGGGGACCCCAGAAGCCUCCAACUCCAGCACAGCAGCCACAGUCACCCCCCACAGCAGCCUUGAACAAGGCUCAGGCGAGAUCCUGAAUGACACAACCGAGGAGGACCAGGCUGUGGACGGGACCCCCAUUCCAGAGGCUGGCUCCGGAGACGGGACCUUCCUGCCCAUCACCAAAGAGGCCCCAACUGGCGAGGGAGCUCUACCAAGCACCGUGGCAGCCCAGGGCACCCUGGAGGUGCCCAGCAGCACUGCCAGGGAACCAGAGCCCAACAGCAUGACCCCCGGGACCCCGACCCUCGAGGCGCCCGCUGAGCACUCCGGGGAAGGGCCCACUCCGGACCCAGACCCAGAGGAAGGUUCCGCAGCGUCAGCAGGAGAGGCCGAGGUGCCCAUCAGCGCAUCCGGGGAGCCAGAGGCCGGCAGCGGGUCCUCCCCGGAGUCCGGGGAGGGAGUCCUGCGGGAUCCAACGAGUGAAGCCAGUGUGACCAUAGCUGUGACUACCCCGGAAGGGCCCCUCAGCACCGUGGAGGAGGAGGUGGAGGAGGCCAGUGGGGUCCCCACAGAGGGCUUGGCCCCCCUCGAACCCACAGUGGCCCCUGAGCACACAGGCACUGCUCAUCCUGGUGGUGAUGAAGACUCAGCAGCAGCCCCCACAGAGUCGCUCCUCUCCCCAACGAGGGCAGGGGAGCUGGGCCUGGCACCCCCGGAGGGGACUCCGCUCGCCAUACCCACCGUGGCACCUGAGGGGGUGGUCACCCAGGGUAUACCUGAGGAGUGGCUUUCUGUGUCCCCUGAACCAACUGGAACUGCUGGAACCACGAUGGGCACGGAGGUGGAGGGCUCUGGCCUGGCCUGGAGCUCUGGCCUGGGCUCUGGCUCUGGCGACCUGGUGGGCAGCGAGGACCUGCUUCGGGGUCCUCCAGGCCCCCCUGGCCCACCUGGCCCACCUGGAAUACCAGGAAAACCCGGAGCUGAUGUUUUCAUGGGACCGCCAGGAUCUCCUGGGGAGGAUGGUGCUGACGGCGAGCCAGGGCCCCCGGGCCCCAAGGGACAGCCUGGACCUGAUGGAGAAGCCGGCCUUCUUGGCAUGAAAGGGGAGAAGGGAGCAAGAGGGCCUGACGGCUCCGUGGGAGAAAAGGGUGACCCCGGCAGCAGAGGCUUACCAGGGCUCCCCGGGAAGGAUGGAGAAGUGGGCACUCCUGGGGUCACGGGCCCCCCAGGGCCACCUGGCCCUCCGGGCCCCGGAUGCACCGUGGGACUUGAAUUUGAGGAUAUAGAAGGUUCUGGAAACCUCGAGCUACAGGGUGAACCCAGACUCUGCGGACCCACGGCUGCGAGUAGUCUCAAAGGAGAGAAGGGAGACCGUGGACCCAAGGGUGACCGAGGGAAGGACGGCACCGGCACCAUGGGGCCCCCAGGACCCCGGGGACUGCCUGGACGCAUCGAGAUUGUACCUAUGCCUUUGGUCAACAUCACCCACGGACUCACGAAUCUCUCAGACAUUCCGGAGCUGGCCGGCCCUCAGGGACCCGAGGGCGUGCCUGGACUGCCGGGAUUUCCAGGCCCUAGAGGACCGAAGGGUGACACUGGCGUGCCUGGAUUUCCAGGGCUUAAAGGAGAUCAGGGCGAGAAGGGCGAGCCUGGCGCCAUCCUGACGGGGGAAGUCCCACUGGAGAGGCUGAGGGGAGAAAAGGGUGAACCCGGAGUGCACGGAUCCCCCGGACCAAUGGGACCCAAAGGACCACCAGGACACAAAGGAGAAUUUGGCCUCCCUGGACGCCCUGGUCGUCCUGGACUGAAUGGCCUCAAGGGAACCAAAGGAGAUCGAGGGAUCAUGAUGCAGGGCCCUCCAGGCUUACCUGGUCCCCCAGGCCCCCCUGGACCUCCUGGUGCUGUGGUUAACAUCAAAGGAACCGUCUUCCCCGUCCCUGCACGGCCACACUGCAAAACGCCGGUGAUCCCCAACCAUUCCGACAACGCAGAGCUCAUCACUUUCCAUGGUGUCAAAGGCGAAAAAGGAUCCUGGGGUCUUCCCGGCUCCAAAGGAGAAAAAGGCGAACAGGGAGCCCAGGGACCACCAGGACCCCCCAUUGAUCCGGUUUACCUGAGUCACUUCAUCAACAGCUUGAAGGGGGAGAAUGGAGACAGAGGCAUCAGAGGAGAGAAGGGGGAUCCUCACAGCGACUUCUUUAUGUCUGGGCCUCCAGGCCUGCCGGGAUAUCCGGGUGCAGCUGGCCAGAAAGGGGAGACAAUCAUUGGGCCCCAAGGACCCCCAGGGGCUCCAGGCCUACCUGGACCACCUGGCUUUGGAAGACCUGGUGUCCCUGGACCCCCAGGACCCCCAGGACCGCCAGGUCCUCCAGCCAUCCUGGGAGCAGCUGUGGCCCUUCCUGGCCCUCCUGGCCCUCCUGGACAGCCAGGGUUACCUGGAUCCCGAAACCUGGUCACAUCCUUCGGCACCAUGGGUGACAUGCUGCAGAACGCACAUUUGGUGAUAGAAGGGACCUUCAUCUACCUGAGGGACAGCACGGAGUUUUUUAUUCGAGUCCGGGAUGGCUGGAAAAAAUUACAGCUGGGAGAGCUGAUCCCCGUUCCCGCCGACAGCCUGCCACCCCCAGCAUUGUCGAGCCACCAGUCACAUCACGUUCAGCCUCCACAGCUGCCUGCCUUAAGCGCCAACUACGUGAGGCCCUCGCUGCACCUCGUGGCCCUGAACUCACCCUUCUCUGGGGAUAUUCGUGCCGACUUUCAAUGCUUCCAGCAGGCCAGGGCUGCGGGUCUGCUGUCCACCUACAGGGCGUUCUUAUCCACUCACCUGCAAGACCUCUCCACCAUUGUGCGGAAAGCCGAGAGGUUCAGCCUUCCCAUCGUGAAUCUCAAGGGGCAAGUCCUUUUUGACAACUGGGACUCCAUUUUCACUGGCCAUGGAGGUCAGUUCAACGCAAAUGUUCCCAUAUACUCCUUUGAUGGCCGAAAUGUAAUGACGGAUCCUUCUUGGCCCCAAAAGGUGGUUUGGCACGGCUCCACCACUCACGGCGUCCGUCUGGUGGACAACUACUGUGAAGCAUGGAGGACCGCCCGCGUGGAGAACACGGGCUACGCCUCUCCACUGAGCUCGGGGAAGGUUCUGGAGCAGAACCCCUAUAGCUGUGCGAGCAGGCUCAUUGUUCUGUGCAUUGAAAAUAGUUUCCUGACUGAUGCUCGGAAGUGAUGAUCUUCUGAGGCUUCUCAUGAGUUUUCGUUUUCCUUACGUGAAGAGUUGACACUGAAACUGAACCUGUUUAAAUGUUGUAAAUAGUACAGUCUUCAAUCCGCUUCCAUUGCAAACAACAACCGAAGAAAACAUACCUCAGUCACACUCAAAACAGAAGAAAUGAGGACUCGGAGGCAAGAUCAAAUCUGAUUCACAGAUUGGUGCUAGAUCCUGCAGGACACCCCAUGCAGUGUGACCAUGUCCCCCCACUGACAUGGGUAGGAGGGAGUCGAAACAAAAAGCUGAGGCCCCGCCUACUGCAUCCUUCAGUCCUUCCCCCUUUGAACACUACAUUGAGUGUAAGACGUCCUUCAUGUUUUCUUGCAAAGUCAGUGUUUAGAAAUGUCGCACCUUCUAACUUAUGUACAGACACAUGCUUCUUUCUGGAAUAUUCCACUCAUCGUUUGUGACCGCUGUUCCUCCAGAGAAACAGAACCGCUCAAAUGAUCCUCUUUGUACGUUUCUGAUAUUAACAACCCUUACUGAUUUCCCCACUUAAAGAGUUAUUGCCUUCAUGCUUUAGGAGUUUUAUAUUUUUGCACAAUCGUAUUUCAGAAUGGCAUCUGUUUAUAUAAGCCAACUUGCUGGAAAAGUUUAAAUGCCAAAUAAUCUGACAGUAGAAAAGAAAUAGCACAUAAAGACCAGCUUUCCUUUGAAGGCUGCCCUUCCCACCCCACCCUCACUGCACCCCCUUCCUUCCCUUUGGCAACCCUCAAACUAACUGCAACUGAAUGAACAGGCUCACGAGGGUGGAUUUUCUGAGAAACAUCUCUCUCAGUGCCAUAGACUUUGAUCUUAUUUACUGCGUGAAUGAACAUUAAAACAUCUUUU